AUGGAGGAACGGAGGUUACGUCUUCAUCAAGAACUGGAUUCAGAACUUCAAAAUACUUGUUGUGUACAGUUUUCAUUGCCAUUACCCCAAGGUGGAAGGGAUGCCAUAACCAAAAACCUCAUUUUGCGUGAAGAUCAACUUCCCCAAAAGCUCCUUUACCCUAAAACUAAGAAGAAAGUUAGUAAACAGGGGGAUGAUGACCUCCUCAUGGCCGGGGACACCUUCACUCACCAUACCGACAAGAGAGCGCCUCUUCGGCCUCCUGUUAGAAAAGCAUUAGCGGUCUUUAGUGGAAAGAGGAACCAAAACGACAAUCAUUACUCUCGAUCGAAGCACUAGUAACUUUACCGUUUUUAUCUAUAUUUCUACUUGAGAAUGAGAAUGAACGAUUUUU